ACCUCAGCUCUGAACCAUCGAAUACCCCUACAGAAUCCCUUACUCAAGCAAUAUGGCUGAAGUGACUCAAGACAUUAAACUUCCUCCUCCUGCCUCUGACCAGGCUUUUAUGAACGUUUCUGCCCUUGAGGGUGGCAUUCUCGCGAUACCCUCGGAAUAUGUUGUCACUGGAGUCCCACCGUCAGAAGUCAUCAGUUGUCCUUCGCUCUGUUUCUUUCUUCGCCACUCCAAAACUGGGGCUCACCUAGUUUUUGAUCUGGGAAUACGUCGCGACGUGGAAAGCUAUCCACCCUCUAUUCAAGCAAGGAUUAAGAAGUUCAAUCCUGUAAAUGUCGAUGAAACAGUUCCGGACUCGCUGGGCAAGGGAGGGUUCCUGCCCGGACAAGUGGAGACGGUUGUGUUAAGUCAUCUUCAUUGGGACCAUAUAGGCGACUCUGCGCCUUUCACAAACGCAACUUUCGUAGUUGGAGGAGCGUGCCGCAGCAUCAUAGAUUCUGGACAUCUGUCUGAUCCUACUUCUCUGAUCGUACAAAAUGCCAUACCAUUGGAUCGCACUCGGUUCUUGUCCUUAUCAGACUUUGCUACUUCCAUCGGACCUUUCCCUCGUACUUUCGACUAUUUUGGAGAUGGUAGUAUGUAUAUCGUGGAUGCACCAGGCCACCUGGCUGGACAUGUUAACAUCUUCGCGCGCACCUCUGCUGAUGGAGCAUGGAUAUUCUUAGCCGGUGAUUCAGCUCACGAUUUCAGGCUGGUGACGGGUGAGAAGGAGAUUGCGGUUAGGUUAGAUGCAGCCGGUCAUAUUCAGUGCUCCCACGCAAACAAGGAAGAUGCUGCCGAAACCAUUCGUCGCAUUGGGUCUCUCUUGAAUGUCCCCAGGGUGCAAAUUCUCAUAGCCCAUGACAGUUCGUGGUACAAUGAAAAUAAAGGCGGCCCCGCGUUUUUCCCUGGAACCAUUCCACCCCUGUGAUACCCCUCGCCGUAUUGCGAUAUGUAUUCCGGUUUGAAGAAUAAUGGAUUAACAAUGGGUGGCUGAUCACUGGAACUUUUUCCAGGAAGGAGUUAAAAGUUUAUGCCAGGUCUAUGCCUGACGUUUCCAUUAAAGCUUAAGCGCUCUUGUAUUUGUAGUCUUUUCUGUACAUGAAACAUAUGUCUGCAG